GGAAGGGGAGCUGUUGCCUCUUGCAGAUGAACAGUUUAAGGGAAGAGGGCCGCUCGCGGUAUGCGCUGCCGAAAGCCUCGUAUGUUAGCACUGCGCGUCUUUUUUAUUCAGGUCGCUCCAAGACCCUUUUCUUCCGUUUUUCCACCAUGAUGCCUCCAAAUUUGCCCCCAAUUCGCGCGACAUCGUGUUUCGAAACUCAAACGGUCCUUAAAUUACGGUGUCAGUUAACUAAUCCAGACGGCGGGGCCCACUCUGUUUGCAUUAACAAACCACCCCGCCCCCGUCCGGCGUCCGCUGCUCCGCUCCGUUUACCCUUUUCCCCUCCGAUCGCGGCGGCAGCUUCCGCGAAGGCCUUCGCUAAAAAACCGAGCUCGCCACGCCAGGUAUCUCCUAUUUUUUUCUCCUCCGCCUCGAGUUCCGCCACCUCCGAGCCUCCCCCGCCGCGUCCCAGGGACCGGGAGCCCCAGUCCCCUAGUUCGCUCGCCUUCCGCCGGCGCAAGAGAAGCCCCUAUCUCCUCCCAUCCUAUGGGCGCCGUGGCGUCGACGGUGGCGGCGCGCUUCGCGUUCUUCCCGCCGACCCCGCCGUCGUACGGGGUAGAGCCACCGCCGUCGCCGGCCGCGGCUGCGGCGGACACGGAGGUGGUGGAGCUCAGCGGGGUGCCGGUGUCACGGGGCCGCGGCGUGGAGGCGCGCCGGCUGCCAACGAAGCGCGGCACCGAGGUGGUGUCCAUGUACGUCCGCCAGCCCGGGGCGCGCCUCACGCUGCUCUACUCCCACGGCAACGCCGCCGACCUGGGACAGAUGUACGAGCUCUUCGUCGAGCUCAGCGCCCACCUCAAUGUCAACCUCAUGGGUUAUGACUAUUCUGGGUACGGGCAAUCAUCUGGGAAGCCAAGUGAACAAAAUACUUAUGCUGAUAUAGAAGCUGUGUAUAGGUGUCUUCUAGAAACAUAUGGAGCCUCUGAAGAAAACAUCAUUCUAUAUGGUCAAUCAGUGGGGAGUGGCCCUACUUUGGAUUUAGCAUCCCGUUUGCCUCAUUUACGAGCUGUUGUUCUACAUAGCCCAAUUUCAUCUGGUUUAAGAGUGAUGUAUCCUGUAAAGCAUACAUAUUGGUUUGACAUAUAUAAGAACAUUGACAAAAUUCCUCUGGUCAGGUGUCCUGUAUUAGUUAUACAUGGUACAGCUGAUGAGGUUGUUGACUGUUCUCAUGGGAGGGCACUAUGGGAACUAUCCAAAGUGAAAUACGAGCCUCUGUGGAUCAAGGGAGGGAACCACUGUAAUUUGGAACUGUACCCAGAAUACAUUAAGCACCUGAAAAAAUUUGUUACUGCCAUAGAGAAAUCACAACCAGUUAAAGACGAAUCUCCAGAGAGUUCAGGUCCUUCAGAUCCUAGUGAAAUUGGAUCCGAAAGUGCAGAGAACUCAAGGAGAAGCACCGAUAUCCGGGACAAACCAAGAUCAAGCAUUGAUCAUAGACCUAGCAUUGAUCGACGGGAGAAACCUAGGGGAAGUAUAGACAGGAGAGAUAAAAACAGAAAGAGUAUUGAUCAGCUUGACAAACCACGGGCUAGUGUGGAUCAACCUGACAGGGCACCUUUGGGGGGAUGAUGAGGUCAGUCAAAUUGUGCAAUAUUGAUUGUUUCACUGCAGCUUCCGGGAGCUGAUAAUAUCGGGAGGUUAGUACUUCGUAGUGUCUCUUAGUCAUCUGUAUGUAUUCCAUUUUUUAUAAUUUAUUAUUCAAUUGGGUGUUUUAGUGUGGCUGUGGAAAAGGUGUAUUGGUCUGAAUGAGGGCUUGUAUUUGUUUCCCAUGAAUUGUUUGUUUCUGGAAAGGAAACUCCCAUAGUUUCCAAACAAGAUCAUUUUUUUUCUUGAAGUCUUUCAUUUGUUACCUGAUGAAAUCCGAAGAAAAUGCAAAGCAACGAGAAGCAUUGUCUUUGCAGAACUGUAAAUAUGUUGUACUAUUCCACCUUUUUUUCAUUC